AUGCUCGCUUCGACCCCUGGCAGCAACUUCGGGGGCGCCGUCGCAUCCUCGAACAGCAGUGGCGGCCAGCAGCCGCAGCGUCGCAUGCAUCCCAUUCGCCCCCUCACGAUCAAGCAGAUGCUGGAGGCUCAGAGCGUUGGCGGCGGUGUUCUGGUCGUGGACGGCCGCGAGGUGACGCAGGCGACCGUCGUUGGCCGUGUGGUGGGCUACGAGAACGCCAACAUGGCCUCGGGUGGUGGCGCCAUCACUGCCAAGCACUUUGGGUACCGAAUUACCGACAACACGGGCAUGCUCGUCGUGCGCCAGUGGAUCGAUGCAGACAGGAUGCAGGAGCCACUUCCCCUUAACACGCAGGUACGCGCGUCUGGUACGGUGAAUGUGUGGCAGCAGACCCCCAUCGUCACCGGCACCGUGGUGAGUAUGGCGGACAGCAAUGAAAUGAAUUACCACAUGCUGGACGCCAUUCUCACGCACUUGCGUCUGACACAGGGCAACAAGCGUGCCCCGAGCAGUGGUGUCUCGAUACAGAACACGGCCUCGGCCGUCGGCAUGCACAACAUGCUGCCUGGCGGCGACAACAAGGUGCUGCUGACAGACCUCCUGGUCUCUUUCAUCAAGCAGCACGGCAGCAGCGGUGCCGGCAUGUCGAUGGAUGAGCUGACGAUGUCGGCGCAGCGCUACGGCUUCACCCACGGUGACGUGCGCACGGCGAUGAGAACGCUGGCAGCGGAGGGGAAGGUGUACCAGACCCACGACAACCGCUUCAACAUCUGA